CAAAGCCCUAGCCGAUGUUGGUGUCGCCGCCGCUGCGGACUUCGCUGGCUCCUCCCUGUUGGUGCCCGAGGCCGCCACCUCUUCUCUUCCGCUAUCGCAGGCUCUUUUUCCACAAAAUAGUCAUUGCAUGAUGUGGAGUUCCUUAUCUGGCUUUAGUAGUACAUCGUGGAGAGGAUUUUCACGUGGUAGCUCUAAAGUUUGUAAGCUGGAUUUUGUCUUGACGGGAUUUCAUUUUCAUUGCUUUUCUACUCACCGCUCGCGGACUCGUCCGUUGCCAAUGGAAGAUUCCCAGCCAUCAAUGGUGGAAGAAAGUAAUGCAUUUUAUGUUGUUCGGAAAGGGGACAUUGUUGGUAUCUACAAAAGUUUAAGUGAUUGUCAAGCUCAAGUUAGCGUGUCGGUGUGUGGUCCUCCUGUCAGUGUAUACAAAGGUUAUGGUUUACGUAAAGAAACAGAGGAGUAUCUUGCUUCCCGUGGACUAAAAAAUCCUUUAUACAGUGUCAACGCAUCAGACGUGAAAGAGGAUUUGUUUGGAGCCCUGUUGCCUUGUCCUUUUCAGCAACCAGAUGGACUUGAUGAUAUAUUGCCUAAAAAGGUGUCUUCACUGAAAAGAACAAAGGAUAUGCAAUCAGAUGGACUUGCUGAUAUAUUGCCUAAAAAGGUGUCUUCACCGAAAAGAACAAAGGAUAUGCAACCAGAUGGACUUGCUGAUAUAUUGCCUAAAAAGGUGUCUUCACCGAAAAGAACAAAGGAUAUGCAACCAGAUGGACUUGCUGAUAUAUUGCCUAAAAAGGUGUCUUCACCGAAAAGAACAAAGGAUAUGCAACCAGGUAGACUUGCUGAUAUAUCGCCUAAAAAGGUGUCUUCACCGAAAAGAACAAAGGAUAUGCAACCAGGUGGACUUGCUGAUAUAUCGCCUAAAAAGGUGUCUUCACCGAAAAGAACAAAGGAUAUGCAACCAGAUGGACUUGCUGAUAUAUCGCCUAAAAAGGUGUCUUCACCGAAAAGAACAAAGGUUAUGGAAACAGCUGGAUCUGGUUCUGUGUCAACUGAACAGUCAAAUAAACAUCUCAAACAAAAGUCUUCAUUGGAGGCAAAAACAAUAUCUCAUCCUGAUGUGUCUUGUAUUAUUGAAUUUGAUGGUGCUUCAAAAGGAAAUCCUGGAAAAGCUGGUGCUGGAGUAAUUCUUCGCAAUUUGGAUGGAAGUGUGAUCUCCCGACUUCGAGAAGGCUUGGGUGUUGUGACCAAUAAUGUUGCUGAAUACCAAGCGUUGCUUUUAGGAAUGAAGUUUGCCCUAAAGAAAGGAUAUAAGAAAAUUCAAGCGCAGGGAGACUCCAAAAUAGUUUGUAUGCAGGUAGAAGACCUCUGGAAAACCAAGAAUGCAACUAUGGCUGCCUUGUGUCAAGAGGCUAAGGCACUCAAGGAGUUAUUUUUGUCAUUCCAUGUCAACCAUGUUAAAAGGCCAUUAAGCAUAUAUAUAUGUUGUUUGUUGAAGGAGUUCAAUUCUGAUGCUGAUGCACAAGCAAAUUUAGCUGUAGACCUCCCGACUGGAGAAGUUACCGAGGAGCUUGACUAAGUUUAACGGAUUCAAAUUAGAGAACACGGUUCGAUGUGAUUCAGUAUCACAUGUUUGGUUCUGCCUAUGGUAAAAACUGACCAAUGCCUAACUUGAAGACAAAGGAAGACUGCAUUCGUGCAUCUGCUGAAGUUUGUCCACUUUCUAUCAAUUUCUCGUCUAAUGAUGUUAUGUGUAAACCUUAUACCAUUAAGCAGGAGGGACGACUUGAUUACGAUGCAGACCCUACUUUAAAGAUAUUCUAAGCAUGUAUUCGACUGUGUUGGCUUCUGUUUGAGCUUUUAAUUCCCAACCGCUGUUCAAUUCCUCCA